GGAUUCAUUAUCUGGGUUCCCGGUCGCGACAUCCAUAUCUGGAAGGUCCUGGGAUAUCACGUCGUGAUCGACUCUGCACGAUAUAGUGCCCAGACAACGAAGGACCGGGAUUAGAGAUUUGGGCCUGCCUAUUCUACCAAGUCGCCAAGCCUCCAUGCUACUAAUUUCAACACCGCGUGAGAGCUUAUAACGAAGUCGUGACCAGGAGAGGCAGGGCGCCGUAAAUUUGAGCUGACCGGUGAGCGGUUUACCGUCCGCUCGCUAACUUGUUAUUUGCUAUCGCGCAGUAGAUCCUAUGGGAUGUCUCAAACAUCAACAUGGAGACGGCUCGUAUCAAGUGUGGCUUAAAAUGUGCCUGUAUAAGAACUGGCAAGAGGGCCGUCUUAUUCGACAUCUGCGCGGCUUGUUCUUCGUAGCUCUCCACUCGUUGUCAAUAUGCGAUCGUUUCUUCUCGCUUCCCUCGCCUCUUUGGCCGCCAUCAAGAGCACCUAUGCUCAUCCGAGACCUGGCUCAAAUACGCUCCAUCGGCGAGCCGUCGAUCUUGACUCAUUCCGUGUCAAGGUCGCCACCGUCUACAAGAACGCCACAGAAGUCGCAGCAGAUCCGUCAAUCCCUUCGCUUGCAAAACGCGCCAGCCCUCAAGAAGUUGCAACGGCCCUGGUUCAGUCCACGGUGCCUGAUGCUAAAUUUCGUCUUGUCGACGAUCACUAUGUCGGAGCCAACGGCAUAGCUCACUUCUACUUUAAGCAGACCGCUAAUGGUCUGGACAUUGACACUGCGGACUUUAAUGUUAACAUUGGCCGCGACGGUACUGUCUUUUCGUUCGGCAAUUCUUUUUACAAGGGCGCUAUCCCUGCAGCACCGAGCGUGAGCAAGCGCGAUACUGUGGAGCCCGCCAAUGCCCUCAAGUCGGCAGUUAGCAUUCUCCAGCUCCCAGUGUCUGCUGAGUCUGCCACCGCCGAACCGAAAGAGGCGCAUGAGACAUUUGCUAUCAAACAGACGAGCGGAACUGUCUCCGAGCCCGAAGCACGCCUUGUUUACGUUCAAGAUGCUGCUGGCAACUUGAAACUGACCUGGCGGGUUGAGACUGACAUCAUGAGCAACUGGCUCUUGACAUACGUAGACGCCGAAAGCGGAAAUCAAGUACACGCUGUCGUUGACUAUUCGGCCGACGCAAGUUACCAAGUCUACCCAUGGGGCCUCAACGACCCUACUGAAGGAGGGCGCGUGAUUCUCGACGACCCCUUCGACAGCCAAGCCAGCGAAUUUGGAUGGCAUAGCACUCAACAACAAUUCUUCAAGACUACUCGCGGAAACAACGGUGUCGCACAAACCAACUGGGACAACAAAGUUGAUGGCUUGCUCGGCUUGCCCCGACCUUACAGCGAGAAUCUGAAGUUUUACUACCCGUACUCGCUGAAUGAGACUGAUUAUAAGAAAUACGCCAACGCAUCGGUCACGCAGUUGUUUUACACUUCGAACACCUAUCACGAUCUGCUACACGAGCUCGGCUUUAACGAACGCGCAGGUAACUUUGAAAUUAACAACAACGGUCAAGGAGGUCUAGGAAACGACUUCGUCUACCUCAAUGCACAAGACGGCUCUGGUGUGAACAACGCCAACUUUGCAACACCUCCUGAUGGUCAAGCCCCCCGAAUGAGGAUGUACAUCUGGACCAACACCCAACCAGUACGAGACUGUUCGUUCGAGGCUGGUGUUGUUAUCCACGAGUACACGCACGGACUCUCCAACCGCCUUACCGGUGGACCUCGCAACUCAGGAUGUCUUAGUAUGCUCGAAUCUGGCGGCAUGGGCGAGGGCUGGAGCGACUUCUUCGCGACCGCUAUUCGCCUCAAGCGCUCCGACACCCGCUCUACCGACUACUCCAUGGGCGCAUGGGUAGCGGGCAACCCGAAGGGCAUCAGGAACUACUUGUACUCCACCGACACGACCGUCAACCCCCAGACCUACGCCGACGCCGACCUGUAUCAACGCGUACACCCUAUCGGCAACAUCUGGGCGUCCAUCCUGUACGAGGUCCUGUGGAACCUGAUCGACAAGCACGGCAAGAACGAUCGCGGCACUCCCGAGUUUGACAACAACGGUGUUCCGACAGACGGCAAGUAUCUUGCGAUGAAACUUGUCAUGGACGGUAUGGCGCUGCAGCCUUGUAAUCCUACGUUUGUCCUGGCGCGUGAUGCUAUCAUUGAUGCGGAUAAGGCGCUCACUGGUGGUGCGAAUGCGUGUGAGCUUUGGACCGGGUUUGCGAAGAGAGGGUUGGGUGAGCUGGCAAGGUACAGCGCUACUAAGCGGACGGACAGCUUUUUGGUGCCGGAGGGUGUUUGCACUGGCUAAGGAGGUGGAAGAGAGCUGUGUUACGAUACCGCAUGCUGUAUGAUCCAGUUACGAUACGUAGUAAUGCUAAUGAACUCGGGUACAACAUUCGACCGCCAUGUGGAGUUCUAAACU